AUGAGCAAGCAGGUUUCUGCCUACGAUAACACACGGAGCUCUUUUCCGCUGGACGGACAAGGCCAAUGUGCUCAGCGUAUACUUGGACCCGUACCGGCAUCGAGCCAGGAUUUCACAACUCCAUCUGCCUCGCAAGAAACCGUCCUAAACCAGACACCCAUAUCGCAAUCAUGGGAACCGAAUACGCCGGAGGACAGUAUGCGCGACGCCCCAGGCUUCGUCAAUCACGCGCAAACACCACCUUCGAUGCUGUCGAAGGAGGCCGAUAGUCGCUUCGCAUACCUUACGCCCGAAUCAGCUAUCCACUAUGAUCCGAGUGUCGUACGUGGCAAGUCGGACAUUGAGCUUGGGAACGGCCAGGUGCCUGGACAAGACUCAUGUCUAGCCCAGCCCAUACCGCCUUUGGGCUUGACCUGCGAAAGGUGUGGCGCAGCUGAGCAUGGAGAGCAUGACUGUUCCGCGUCUAUUUCUUUCCCCGACAAUCGAGAUCGUGACGGACAAGUCGAGGCUUGGCUUCGAGCUGGCGAUUCCGCCGACCAGACAAAGCCGCCUUGUGCUGACCGUAUUGGGCCGAUGCCCAGUCUGUAUGCGGAAUCAGACGCAACAACAGAUUGCGACGGAUUUGUGGGUUCUCCCGUCGGCGAACUAUUCAACGUACCCGACAACAAACACCUCUCUGAUAUUACCGAGCGACUCAUUGCCCAGCAGAACAGAGGUUCGAACAAGCCAGAGCCGCACGGACAACCAGAAGUUUGGGCAGAUGGACGGCAAGAGAUCUGCGAGACGCUGCAUUACUAUCGCGCAUACCAAAGCGCCUGCUACUCAACUGGCGGUUUUGUGAGAGGCUUCAUGUUCGACAAGGUUGCCCAUACUCGCGACUAUAUGGAUACUAAUGUCGUCAUCUCACGAGCAGGUGGUGGCCUCGCGAAGGACAUUGACUCCGGUGAGAUGAAGUCAAAGAAGGACCAAGCUGAAGACUCAGCUGCACUAGGCUUGAGGAACUGCAUGCUUCACUACAACCCAGUCGUCAUCAUCACUGGAGUCGACAACCCCAACAUCCCAUCAAAGCCACCGCAUCAGUAUUGUGUUCUAGAUCAUUUCAAGCCCACCCAUAUCUGGGCUGAGAAGAGUGGUAAAAGCAAGAUUGUGCGAUACCGAUUUGAGAAACUGAACACUAAGAAAGAGUCCUGGUGGAAAGAGAAGGAUUCACAGGAAGUUGUAGAGCUUGGCUCGCUACCACCCCCAGUUGAGAAGAUAUGCGGAACCUGCAACGUAAAGUCUCAACAGAUAUACCUGAACGGGUGGAUGUGUCUACAGCCGACUUGCGCCGCCUUUUGGAAGACCCUUAUGCCAACACCAGGACCCGGAACGAGCACGUCAGCGCAAGAGCCAAAAGAAGCCUCUUUGGUAUACGACCCACGCUUUCUUAAGCAGAAGACUCCUUGGCACAAUGACGACCACGAUUGCCCUCUGGUCUCUAACGCUGCUGAGCUUUCAGGACACUCUAUUCCCGGUGAAAAUACAUCCGUCGCAUUUUGGUCUGGUAUUGUUUGCCCUGGUUGCGGACGCUGCACAUCUCGUCUGAACUGGACAAAUUGGGAGUGUUCCAAUGUAGCAUGCCAGUACACGAGGACGCCUCCGCACACGCUCAUCCCCGCGCUAUCGCUUCACGACCCGUUAUGGCCAGUCACUAGCAGCUACACGCUGUCUAGGGAUACAAUGACACCUCUUCUAGGACUGAGGGUAUCAUUUGAACAUGGAUAUCGCAUCAAUCGUUAUGAGUUACCCGGGGUCAAUGGCUUCAUCACACACAUGAUCGCCAACAAGACAGUGCUUGAGGAAGAAGGUGGACCAGAUGCCAUGUUCGAAGAGCUCCAACAGACGGACAUCGGACUGCAGCGACGCUCUAUGCCGAACGGUCAGCUCAAAGGACCAAACUACUGCCGCCAUUUCGCAGUCAACUAUGGCAUGCCAUAUAAGUUCAUCGCAGCGACAGCAUCUCGCUCCUUCGAUGGAGCCGCUCGUCCAAUAACCAGCACUCGCAGUCGUUUGAACUGGGCGGCCAAGUUGCUCUUGACACAAGAGACUGGGAAUAGCAUGGAAGAUGUCAAUCAGAAAUGGCAAGAGAAGGAGUUCAACGAAGUUCUAGCACUGGGAUACUUCGAAGAACAAAAGAUCAACUACCACGAUGACGGCGAAUUCGGCCUCGGUCCAACUAUUGCGACUCUGAGUUUGGGUGCGCCAGGCACUAUGCGGAUCCGCAUGAAAGCCCGUCACUACCACGGUAUAUCUUCUGUCGCUGGUCUUUACGAUGAUGUUGCGCCAAUUCCUGGAUGCGAACACUACGACGCUCGUCUCGCACUUCAACCUUCGCUCGAUGCGCUCAAGAUAUCAGACUCCAAGGCGUACAACGCGAGGAGGAAGCAGAUACCCAAGCAGUUGAAGCUCAACAACCGAGGCAAUGCGAGGGACGCGCUGACGAUGCAGCUCGGUCAUGGCGAUAUUGUCAUCAUGCACGGUGCGGAUGUACAGAAGUAUUAUGAGCACGCUGUUGAGCACUCAGGUAAGCUGCGGUUUGCGCUUACAUGUCGGUACAUCGAUCCCAAGUCGCUGAAGGCUGAGGAUCAGCCCCAGUAUGAGGUUGGACCGGACGAGGAGCGAUACGAUGGAUCAGGAUUGAUGUAA